AUGUCUUACGCUACUACAAGUAAUAUCGUUGAUGGUAAUGUUUUCGAUAAUAAAUACAUUAUCAAUGAUGAUGACCAAGCUUUCUCCGAUUCUGAAUAUUUUGUUACCUUCAAGUGUAACAAACAUAAUGAGACAAUAAUUGACCAUGUGAUAGACAAUGAUGAUAUGAACGAAGAUUUAUUCGUAUUAGAAGAACAAGAUGGUACUACAGACUCUGAAUAUGAACCAAGUUUAGAAACGACUCACAAGCGAAAUAAAAAAAAUAGAAAUAAUAUUGGGGCAUGCAGAACUGUUAGAACCAAUUUAUCAAAAUUCCCUAAAGAGUUAAAAAUUAGUAAUGUUAAUUUGUUUAAUUGGAAUACUCUUAAUGGAAUGGUUAUGAAUGAUGUUUUGACUAUAUUAUGGAUCAAUAAUGGUCCUGUAACAAUGCUUACAACUAUUCAUGAGGCUAUAGAUAAUGAUUGGAAAGUUAUUCGCAAUCGACGUCAUCCUCGUACAACUAGUAGUAAUGCGAAUAAAGUGUAUCAAGUUUUUGGUAACUUGUCACAAAAAGAAUUAGCUAUUCUCUGUGUAAUUAAUGACUAUAACAAUUUUAUGGGAGAUGUUGAUCUUGCAGAUCAACUUCGAGGCUAUUAUAAUUGCCAGUUAACAGUGUGCCAUACUUGGUUUCCAUUAUUCUUUUGGUUAUUAGACACUGUCUUAGUUAAUUGUAUCAUUCUUUAUCGUAAAGCUUCAGAUACGGAUACGAAAAUUACAAGCAAAAACUUUAGAAUUGCUCUCAUAUGGAGCUUAAUUCAAGAA